AUGAACUUUCAAUCCCUAGAUCUGUCUUCGUUCUCUUCGAUGGAGAGUUUGGCCUCGUUGCAAAAGGAACAGUGGGCACCUGUCGUUAGUAUUGCUGCAGCUGCUGGUUUGGCUGUAUAUGCACUCUCCACUGCCAACAAGAGUAACAGCGCCACUCCCAAGGGUUACAAGGAGAUUCCUGUUGCUGAAGGACGAUUGCCUUACUUUGGCCACUUGCUUUCUCUGGGAGAUGUACCUGCCCUUAAAAUCACUGAAAUGCAACAGAGACAUGGACCUAUUAUGAGAAUUUAUAUGGGUGUUCAACCUUGGGUGAUGAUUAGCGACCCACUUAUAGCUCAUGAGAUUUUCAUGACCAAGGGCAGUAUCACAUCGGGACGACCUUUCCAGCUUUACACACAUAACUAUUACUCAAUAAACCAGAGAGGUGUUGCUUUUCCCAAUCCCGGCAAGCGAUGGAAGAAGACCCGAACGGCUGCGCUCGAUAUUUUGGCUCCCAAGAAUGUCGACAAGUUCUCUCCCAUUCUUCAUCACGAAGCCGACUUUAUUGUCAAGCACCUUUUGAGCGCCACUAUUGCCAACGGUCAUGUUGAAGUCAUCAAGCCAUUCCAAGCUGCCGCCAUGAAUGUGGUGCUGACAACAUCUCUUGGAAAGCGUGCUACAUCUUUACAAGACCCGCUUUUCCAGGAUAUCAUCGGCAUUGUCGACCAAGGCAUGAAGUGGGCUGGUGCUGCCGAAGAUAUGAGCACAUUCUUGCCCAUCCUCACUUUCUUGGACGUGAUUCACCGCAAGGAGCGUCGAAUGAAGGAUUUCAUUGAGAAACGUCGCAAUCCCUUGUUCAGACGUUUGAUAAAGGAAUCUUUGGAAGGCGAUGCUCACUGCUUGGUCAAGUCUUUGUACGAGUGCAAGGAAGAGUUCGAUCUCGACGAAGAUGCCAUUCUUGUUACUAUUAAUGACAUCAUUGCUGCUGGUGCCGAUACUAUCGCAGUCUCCUUAUCGUGGGCAAUGGUUAUCUUGUGCCAUCACCCUGACGUACAGCAAAAGCUUCGUGAUGAAGUAGAUGCCUUUAUCAAGGUCCACAACCGCCUUCCCAACUUUGACGAGCGCGAUUCACUUCCAUAUCUCAUCUCUGUCCAGAAGGAAUGUUUACGCUUCCGCCCCACCACUCCCUUUGGCCUCUUGCAUGAAGCUACCGAAGAUCUUGAGUGCCGUGGCUACUUUAUUCCACAGGGUACUGUUCUUGCUUCGAAUAUGUAUGCCAUGCAUUGGGAUCCUGAAGUUUACCCUGAACCCGAAAAGUUCAUUGCCGACCGUUUCAUGAACAACACCAAGACCAUGUACGCCUCUGCUAAUUCGCGUAUCGAAAACCGCGACCACUACAACUUUGGAUGGGGCCGCCGAAUUUGCCCUGGUAUUCAUUUGGCUGAAGUUCAGAUGUAUAACGUCAUGGUCCGUGUAAUCGCUAGAUCGGUUAUUGCUCCUGUUUUGGAUUCCAAAGGCAGCCCGGUCCUUCCUGAUCUUAAUGGUGCUCGCGACGCUGGUCUCGUCCUGCAGCCACCCACUGAUGAUGUUCGCUUUUUGGAGCGCACUGAUGCACUGAUUUAG